GGACAAGCUGAGCAGCAGCCUGGGUCUCUCUUCUUCCCCUGCAUCUGACAGCAGAAGGAAGACAUCUCAAUAUGUCUUCCGAUAAUGACCCUGUUGCAAUCCCAAUGAUAGAAAGAAAUCCUAAUGAUCUUCUUGGAAUAGACACCAGUGACCUGAAGACAUUGAAUGGAGAGGCUGUGUUAAGUUUUUAUAACAUCAGCUACCAAGAAACAGUGCAUAGUGACUUUCCAUUUUGUAAAAAAACACGUGUGGUAGAAAGACUAUCAAAUAUGAGUGGGAUCAUGAAACCUGGCCUCAAUGCAAUUAUGGCUCCUCAAGAUGGGAGCAGAUCUUUGUUAUUAGAUGUCUUAGCCGCAAGGACAGAUCCACAUGGAUUAUCGGGAGAUAUUUUGAUAAAUGGAAAACCUCGGCCUGCUAAUUUCACAUGUACUUCUGGUUAUGUGCCACGGAAUGAUAUGGUGAUGCGCACAGUGACUGUGAGAGACAACAUAGAGUUCUCAGCAGCUCUUCGACUGCCAAUGACUAUGACAAAAGAUGAAAAGAGAAGACGAAUUAAUGAGGUCCUUGAACUUCUGUGUCUGGAUAAAAUGGCAAAUGUCAAGCCUAACUCUAAAGAGAUUGAGAAAAGGACCAGUAUAGCCAUGGAGCUGGUCACUGAGCAUCCCAUUUUGUUCUUGGAUGACCCCACCACUGGUUUAAGCUUGAACACUUCUACUGAUGUCAUCUCGGUCCUGAGAAGGAUGUCUAGGAGGGGACGGACAAUCAUCUUCUCCAUUAAUCAGCCCCCAUACUCCAUCUUCAGACUGUUUGACAGCCUCACCUUAGUGGCCUCAGGAAAAGUCAUGUUUCACGGGCCUGCACAGGAGGCUUUGGAGUACUUCAAAUCUGCAGGUUACAACUAUGAUUCCCACAACUACCCUACAGACUUCUUCCUGGAAAUCAUCAAUGGAGGUUUCUCUUCUCUAUUAAACACAGAGGAAGAUGGCCAUGAAGCCGAUGAACAUAAAGAUCUUUCUGAAAGACAUCACCAAGUCAGAGAAAAAUUAGCCAAUAUGUAUGUCCAGUCCUCCCUAUACAGGGAAAUGAAAACUGAACUGGAUCCACUCUUGGGGGAACAGAAGGCAGGGAGGAGCUCAGCCUUGGAGAAGAUCACGCAUGUCACUCCUUUCUGGCAUCAACUCUGGUGGAUUAUGCGUCAUUCAUUUAAGAACUUCAAAGGUUUUUUACAGACCACUAUAAUUCGGGCAAUUAUCACAGUCAUAGUGGCUGUGUUUAUGGGUACCAUGUUCUAUAUUAUAAGAGAUGAUUGUGGUGGAGCCUAUACCAGAUCUGUCAUGCUCUUCUUGCUUACAAGUGUUGAGUGUAUCACAGGCACGUCUGCAGGGGAGCUCUUCAUGAUUGACAGGGAUCGCUUUGUACAUGAGCACACCAGUGGAUACUACAGAGUGUCAUCAUACUUCCUUGGGAAAUUGCUGGGUGAGCUGGUGCCCAGAAGGUUAUUCCCAAGUAUUAUAUUUACUGUUAUAGUAUUCAGCAUAGCAGGAGUACGAACAGAUGUGAAGGGUUUCUUCACUAUGAUAUUUACAGUCACAAUGUUGGCUUUCUGUACCAGUUCCCUGCUGCUGUCUUUAGGAGCAGGGGAGAAUGCAGCAGCUGUACCAACACAACUGAUCACCAUAUAUUUUAUGUUCACGGUGUUUAUCACAGGUCUGUCACUAUUUUCUAUAAACUUCAUGCACGACCUCUCCUGGCUUUACUACUUUAGCAUUCCACAUUAUGGAUUUACAGCUUUGCUACACAAUGAAGUCCUGGGACAAAACUUCUGUCCAGAACACAGAAUGGUAGAAAUCAAUAAAUGUCACAACUUUGUAAUAUGUACUGGAGAAGAAUUCUUGACAAUGCGGAGCAUCAGUCUCUCUUCAUGGGGAUUCUGGCAGAAUCUUGUGGCCUUAGCUUGUAUAAUGAGUUUGCUCUUAUCAAUUACCUACGUACAAUUGUUAGCUCUUAAGAAAAAGUGAUAUUUUAAAAUCACUCUCCCAUUUUCUUUGAAUUAUCCUUAAAAAUAACAACUAAAACGUUUUUAUUUUUCUGUAAACUCAGCCAAAAAAAAAAAUAACCCAGAAACUGGGGUCUUAGGUUUUAUAGUAAAAAUUUUCUACAGUUAUUUAAAGAGCUGCGGUCUCAUUCUGUCCUCUAAAUAUUUACCUUUCUACUCAUGGACACAUGCUACAGCCAACAUUACCCAAGAAAGAUUCUGAGUGUAACGAACUGUGUUGAAUGCAGAGACUCAUGGAUGCUCAAGGGACCAGAGUAAGUGACACUUGAGUGCUCAACUCUAACCAGGACACCUGUACUACCCCCUCUAAAGCUUAGAACUGUGCGGAAGAGGGGUAUAAAGAGAAGAGAAGUCAGAAGACGAGAAGAACUCUGGGAAUGCUACAUUGUGGGCAUGACAUGGCCCUGGCAACCCUGCUCAAUCUCACAUCUAUGGUUACCUGCACAAGACUAAGUCCCUCAUCAACACAGCAAGGGUCACAGAGGGACUCAACAUGACAAUACUCCAUUAUGCUAAGCUGUUGGUUAGUGGUAGAUUAUAGGAGAAAGGCAAUCGUUGAUUUCACAUGUAUACUCAGAGGAGAGGCAGUUAGGCUCCAGUAGAUAUUCACAUAGACAGCACUGGUUAAACUCUGUGGGUCUAGAGACAAAAUCCAAAUUUAUGAAUGUGGGAAACAGACUUGUAAAGAGGGUAUUUAAAGGGGUUGGAAGGGAAAAAAUAAAGGUGGGAGGGAGUAAGAUUAGCUGGAAUUCAUUAUAUACA